AUGAUUUCAAUAAGUACAAAUUAAGAAGGGGAGUUCGUCUUUGAUUCAAAAGAGUAGGAUUAUGUUUUAUUAGAUCUAAAUACAUUACAAGAACAAUUAGAAUUGGGGAGAAAAAAUGAAAUUUUGGAUUUGUUACAAUAAGUUAUGAAAUCUAAUGAAUAUUAAUCGUCAACUGAAAAGGUUUAAAGUUAAAUUGAAUGGGCAUUACAGACUGUAAAUGAGCACCCUUCAGAAUAGUAUUAUUUAUUUUAAGAGGAUAUUAGUUACGAGUUGGAGUAAUAGAUAGAAAAUUAGAGAUACCCUGAAGUUCAUUCUGCGAACAAGAUGAUAGAUAUGAAUAUUGGAAAGAUAAAGGCAAGAGUUCAAUUUAUGUCUUAAUAAGAGAGGAGGAAUCUUAUGAAAACAAAAAGCUUGGAAAGAAGCAUGCAAUAAAUAUAUACAUGCAAAUAAAAUAAGUUUUAUAAGGAACAGUUGCAAUAGAAAUACUAGUUGAUGUAGAAGGAGAUCAUUGAUAGAAAGAGGAGUGAGAUAUACUAAUAAAGGCAGAAGCAUCUCUAGAUAAUGCAAAGAACAAAGGGGAAGUUGGGCUAAAUGUAAAUUAUGAUGCUAUUAAGUUUGCAAAUAAAGGUCGAGGAGAAUAAGCAAUUGAAGGAAUCAAUUCAAUUUGGGUUGUAUCAGACGAUGACUGAGUUGAGAUCAGAUAAUAUCAAGGCCUACAGGAGAGUGAAGGUGAUGGAGCAGUAACAGUAGGAAAAGUUGUAAUUGUUUUGGUAAACCAAAUAAGUAAUCGCAAAAACGAAUUACAAAAGAAAAGUUGAGGAUGCUUACUUAUUAAAUAUGCAAGCGUAGGAUAGACUGUAGCAAUUGGAAUAAUAGGAAACACAAUUAAUGCACAGAUUGCGUUAGACAGAACAAUAAUAUUAGAUGAGUUCUAUAAAGUUGGAGAAAAUGAAGUCGAAAUCAUACAAGGAUCUGGGGAAUAUGUGGAGUUGA